CAAAGCCCUAAACAUUUAUUUUAAAUCAUAUUUCGUGAUCCCGUGCAUUGAUCCCUGAGUUGACAGCAUGGAGGGAGAGACUGCAUCUUAGGCCCGGUCUGCAACUAAGGUCGCCAGUUGCGGACCAGGGCGAGGCUGAAAUACUGACAAAUACAGCAAAGGAACAACGAGGAGGUCUCGUUAAGCUUUCGGCUGUUCUUCUGUUGCCAGCCAUUGCUAAUCCCUGCAGUGCAGGCCCAGUAUGAACAGGGCAGACUUGAGGACCAGGAGGGAACGGACCGGGCUUUUUCACUCCCAAAAAAAUCCACUGCCGAGAACCUUUCCAGCCCUGGAUGCUGCCAUCUGACCCGCUUAAAUUGCUCCGCCUCCGCGGCGCCUCUCCCAGCGCAGGAAAUCCAGCGCAGGGCGCUCUACUCGCCCGUAGACUUUGCAUGCAGCCCCAAGGAACUGUAAGAAAAGUCAUCUCUCGCUCAACCCCCCCCCCCAAAAAAAAUAAAUAAAUAAAAAGAAAUGCACUUCACUCGAACAGCAAAGAGCACUAAUUUCUCUCUUUGCUCCGAGCUUUGGGUGGAUUUAUAUAUAAAAUAUCUCAGUUGCUAAUGGGCAGCUGCUCUCACUCCUGCUCAGCCGGAGAAGGUCCUUGUUAAAAAUAGGUUAGGGAGCUUAAAGGACUUCCUCGAUUUAAACACGCCAGCAUUUCAUAGGCAUUCAGGUAUCGCCUAGGCUAGGGCGUUGCUGGUUUUCUUGCAUGCGGAAGGUCCCGGACUCAACCCGCGCUGGUGGCACCUCCAGGUAAGGAUGGGGAGGGGAGAGACCCUGCAGAUUCGGUGAAAGGCCGCUUCGGAGGUCCCCCUGCUCCGUGGAAGGACCAGAGAGAGAGGGGGGGGAAAUCCCUUUCCGACAAAGCAGCAACUAGAUCGAGUGCAAGAGAGUCUGCAUGCGGGAGUCUAUGCAAGAGUUUGCACAAGCGGCCGACGUGACGCGACAGGAAGCUGCUGCAGACGAAGAUCCCUCCUGCCCUGCUGGGUCUCGCCCUAAAAUGCCUGGGAGGAUUUUGCCUUGAGGAGGGAAGAGGAGAAGAGCCGUCGAGGAGCCGCAAGAGACGAAUCUCGCCCGCUGCCAGGGAAGGGCCGUCGAGGUCUGGUAUUAAAUGCAGCCGCUGCCCACCGCUCAAGUCUCGACUGUGCAAAACGUUUGCCCAGCAGGAAGCCUCGUGGGUCUAGGAAGCGCAUUUAGGGUGGCACCUGAAAACCCACCGUUGCACCCCAGAGAUUCACUGCUGGGCAAAUGCAAAGUGCGGGCUGCGCUUUGCUUUGGCACGCCGCUCAGGUGCCAAGGAAAGCUUCCUUCAUUUGUGCGCUGGCAUUAAAAUGCUCACAAGCGAUGAACAAAACAGCCUAGCCAGGGCUCUGCCACAGCAGCAACAGCAGCAGCAUAAAGUCUUAACAAAUGUGACCGGGAAGUGGAAGAGUCGUGGAGAGCUGCUGUUGAUGCGCAGGAGCAGAGGGAAGGAAAACAGGUGCCUGCCCUACCUACUGGCUGGACAUCGUGCAGCCUAAACCUGUGCAGUGAAACAAAUGUUCAGCUAAGUCUGCAGAGAGCUGAAGGAUGAGACAACUUGCCUCCCUUCUCUAGCAUCCCCCACACCCCUCUCCCACCACUCACAAUGUACAGGUAAUUAAGGCAUACCGUGGCAUGGAUGCUGUUGCAAGCCACAGCUGUCACCUUCUUCAGCAGCUACAUGAGCAACGCAUUCAAGGCCUUCUCUGUGACUGCAUGUUGGUGGUCAAAGGUGUUUGUUUCAAAGCACAUAAAAAUGUGUUAGCUGCUUUCAGCCAGUACUUCAGGACCCUGUUCCAAAAUUCCUCAGGUCAGAAGAACGAUGUGUUGUACUUGGAUAUUAAAAAUGUUGGCGGCAUUGGCCAGAUCUUGGACUACAUGUACACAUCCCAUCUUGAACUCAAUCAGGACAAUGUGCAAACGUUGUUGGAUAUUGCACAGUGUCUGCAGGUGCAGAAUGUCUUGAACAUGUGCCGCACCUUUUUUUAAAGCCCCACAGGUGUAGAGCAGCCAGCCAGUGCGUCUUGCAGUAGUGCCUUCUCGUUGCAAAACGCUUUGGCUGAAGAUACAAAUGGUGAGAGUUAUGGCGCUGAUUUACUGCGUUCAGCAGGUUCAACGACUGUGGAGCCGUGUAAAGUCUUGGAUAACUAUAACCCACAUGGCCCGCGGCCUGUUUCACCUCACGUCUCAUCUGGUGAUGGAAACAAAAAGAAGCAGGGUUCUGUGGAUGCUAAUUGCACAGAUCUUUCACUUAAACAGCCAAAUUGUCAUUACAAACUCCGUAACUUUUAUAGCAAACAGUUCUACAAGCAAACCACUUGUCCCAGCAACAAGAGAUCACCAGAGCCAUCUUUUGAUUUCAGCCCCUCCGCAGAACAAAGCACGGCUAAGAAUGCACCAUCCUGCACUAUCGGUCAUUCUGAAUGUGUUUUGGAAUCCUCUGAUCACUUACCAGCAAACUUUCUGGUUCAGCCCUUAAAUGAGUGUCUCGAGGAUCAAGAAUCGGAAGGCGCGUCUUUACAGCCAGUCAAAGAGAUGAGGCUUAAAAAGGCCGUACAUCUUAAAAAACUGAAUUUUCUAAGGUCUCAAAAGUCCCCCGAACAAUCUUCUGUGCUUAAAAUUGCCGAUGGGGAGUUUGCAAGGGAAAGCGAGGUGGAAAGCCAGAGUAGCACAGAGAGGGCAAAUACUGAUGCCCCUGAAGGGAAAGAAGUUAAAUGCCUAGUGAGUUCAGAAUGCUUGGAGGAAGAUGUUGAACUUGAGGCAUCUCAGGAAGCUUCUUUGUGGCCAGUUACAGACAUUGCUGCCAGAGAGAGGCAGUAUCCUUGUGCAUUGUGUGGGAAAGCUUUUAAACACCCGAGCAAUCUGGAGCUGCACUUAAGGUCUCAUACAGGUGAGAGGCCAUUUGAAUGUAACGUUUGUGGCAAAUGUUUUUCACAGGCGGGGAAUCUUCAAACGCAUUUACGGCGGCACUCUGGUGAAAAACCUUACAUCUGUGAAAUCUGUGGGAAAAGGUUUGCUGCAUCCGGAGAUGUCCAACGCCACAUCAUUAUUCACACUGGAGAAAAGCCACACCUGUGUGAUAUUUGUGGUUGAGGAUUUAGUAACUUCAGCAAUUUAAAAGAACACAAGAAGAACCAUAGAGUCGAGAAGGUGUUCACCUGCGAUGAGUGUGGAAAAUCAUUUAACAUGCCCAGAAAGUUAGUAAAGCAUAGGAUCAGGCACACUGGAGAGAAACCGUACAGCUGCUCUGCUUGUGGGAAAUGCUUUGUGGGGUCUGGCGACUUACGGAGACAUAUCCGGACUCACACUGGGGAAAAGCCGUAUAACUGUGAGACCUGCAAUAAAGGCUUCAGUCGCUCUGCCGUCUUGCGCCGCCACAAAAAAAUCCAUUGCAAAGUUGGUAACAGUGGUCCAAAUACACUGGGUGACUUUUCCCAGACAGCAGAAAUAUCUGAACUUGAGAAGCCCCAGAACGCAGACUCAUUUGCCCAAGAAAUAUCCGUAACUUUAUUGCCAGUGUCAGUGAAGUUUCCCAUCCACCCAAACGGAAAUUCGGCCACUGAAUUCGGCCCUGGGGCAACAUUCCGCAAGGUGCGACCCACUGCGCAACAGAAUGAGUGUGCGAACCAACAGAAAUUGAGCUUGGAUCCUGUUAAACUCUGCAAAUCUCAGCAAAGACCUAAUCGGAUAUGCUAUUAUAAAGGCAUGGAUCUAUCCCCUGAGGAGGAACCCCUGCAAUCUGAAGGCAAUUCCAUGACUCAGACUUGCAUGAGUGCAAUGGGCAGCGGUUGCAGCAGUGAGCUGACUAGUCGCGCGUCUUCUGCUGAAUACAGAAACAACGAAGGGCCGUUUUUCUCCAGUGUGACCCUCUGGGGUUUGGCUAUGAAGACACUACAGAAUGAAAGUGAGCUGGGCCAGUGACAAGUUCACCUUAUGGUUUGUCGUCUUAAUGAAUAAAUAAAAACAAACAUUUGUACCGUGCACUGAACUAUUCAAAGUGCUUCCUGUACAAUGCUUUAUAAUCCUUACAACAGCCAUAUAAUAUAAGGUCAAUCCCAUUAUCCUUCUUGGAGUUCCUUCAUGGAGUUGACCUGGGGCAAUUCAGUCCGUAGAGCCAGCAAACUUUUUCAGCAGGGGGCUGGUCCACUGU